UUGCCUCCUUCCUCCCGCGCUCUCUCUCUCUCACUCUCUCUCUCUCUCUCUGCCCAUCCUCCUCCUCUCUCCUCUUUGGUGAGUGCCGCCUCUGGCUCCUGUCCUCCCAGUCUGAGAGUGUGUGCGCCUGCGAGCGGCGAGGGCGCGCGUGCUUGUGAGUGCGCGUGUGUUGUGUGUGUGUGUGUGUGUUGUGUGUGCACUCCCCUGUGUAUAUGUUGGUCUCUCUCUCUCCGACCCACCCUCAACGCCUCCCGUGGGAUUCUCGUCUCCCUUUCACUGGCGAGCGGCACCCCCUACACAGCAGUCACCAUUUCUGCCCCCGGGAGAGCCACGCUGGCAGCACAGCCCCAUCCCCGACUCAGCAUCGGGAGGAAGACCCUGGUGGCAGCCGCCGUUGGGGUCAUGCUGGUCCUGGUGCUGGUCGUCCUCAUCCCCGUGCUGGUGAGCUCCGUUGGCAAUGACGCCAGCCACUAUGAGAUGCUGGGCACCUGCCGCAUGGUGUGCGACCCCUACCUCAACAAGGGCACCACCACCAGUGCGAGCAUCCGGGGCGAGGCCGAGGCUCUCAGCGACCAUAGCGCUGUCCACCCGCCGUCCACUCUGCUGCAGGGCCCGCAAGGGAAGCCAGGCCGGCCAGGAAAGCCUGGACCUCCAGGGCCUCCGGGAGAGCCUGGCCCUCCAGGACCGGUGGGCCCACCUGGGGACAGGGGGGAUACUGGGAGGACUGGGACCCUAGGUCUGGGGGGUAAUGGAGUUAUCAGCACGGCCAUGUACACCACAGCCCCCCGGGUGGCUUUUUACGCUGGGCUCAAGAACCCCCACGAGGGGUAUGAGAUCCUCAAGUUUGACGACGUGGUGACCAACCUGGGCAACAAUUACGACGGCACCUCGGGCAAGUUCAUCUGCAACAUUCCAGGCACUUACUUCUUCAUCUACCACGUGCUCAUGAGAGGCGGUGAUGGCACCAGCAUGUGGGCAGAUCUGUGCAAGAACGGCCAGGUUAGAGCGAGUGCUAUUGCACAGGACGCAGACCAGAACUACGACUACGCAAGCAACAGUGUCAUUCUGCACUUGGAUGCUGGAGAUGAAGUGUAUAUUAAGCUGGAUGGGGGCAAGGCACACGGUGGAAAUAACAACAAAUACAGCACUUUCUCUGGGUUUAUCAUCUAUGCCGACUGAAAAGGGAGCUAGACAGGGACCCAGCAGAGCAUUUUCACAUUUAUUCUCUUCCUCUGACUCUCUUUCCCUCUUCCACACUCAAUCUCUUUCUUUCUCCAUAUAUAUAUAUAUAUAUAUAUAUAUAUAAAUCUUAUUCCCUCUAAAAAUUGACCCCGUUUUGUUGUAGAAAGCUCUUGUUGUUACUCAUUGUCUUUUCUAACAUUCUGCCAACUGAAAAUAUCCUGGUUUUAAUUUUCGAAGAACUUCGCUCGAUAUGCAAAAGUCUCUUCCCAGACUGGAGAUGAUGUUGGCCCCUUGGCCCACGUGUGACUCACUUAAUCGCUAUAUUCUUCCUUUGCAUAUUGGUAUUUUGCUUGUACAAAUAUGUAAAAUGAGAAUGUGCAAAAAAAAAGAAUAAUAUUGUGUGUACCCUUUCCUUAGACAUAUCUGGAAAUAAGAAGGCACAGGCAUGCUUUGUGACUGAGGAAUAAAAUCGAGGUCGGGACGUCGGUUAAUUUAAGAAUCACACUUAUUUUCUUUGAAAAGUUAAGCUACAGGUUUAAAUUGCUAUUUUCAUUUUUGCAUUGAACAUGCUGCCUUUUCACGGUUGCAUAUUCUCAUUGAUCUUGCGUGUAAUAUUUCAUAAUAUGUCACAGGGAUUUUGCUGGACAUGAAGGGUCUCACCCCUAUCGCCCCCCAGAUCUCCCCUUUUUGUUUGUAGACAUUAAAUCUCAUAUAUAUUUGUGGUCACUAAUUGACCCAGUUUUCAACACAGUCCCUUCAAUACAUAUUGAGUAAAUUAUGGACUAAUCUAUCAGUUUUAUGAUAAAGUCCACAUGAACCAAUUUCCCAAGCUUUUCCUUAGUAAUCUUUGACAUUAGAAGUGUUGUGAUGAUGUAAAUAAUAAGGCUAGCCUUCUAUUCAACAAUGGGAUGCACACACAUGCAUACAGUAUAUACAUUUGUGUGUGUUUGUGUGUGUGUGUGUGUGUGUGUGUGUAAGUGAGAGGCUUUCGUGAGUGAAGCCACGGCCAGAUAUCAACAUUCAGAAGCGUUGCUACCUGCUGUCCAGGAUAAGUGACUCAUAACAGGAUAUCGACAUUUAAGUUGCUGCUGCUUAACUGACAUUAACCACUGUGCUGUGAAACUGGUUGGACCUUCAGUGAGAAUCACUGAUCACAUGAUUUGUGAAAGAUCACGUGAUUUCUGUGCAAUGCCAACACCUGCGUGCAUUCGCUCCCAUGUGCAUGCACACACAUAUCUAUUAUUUUUCUGAUAACAAACUCAUGUUUCAUAAUAAUUUCACCGGCCAAUAAUGAGAUUGCUCUGGAGGUAGCUGCCUCUGUCACUGCAGUAUGAGAGGAAAACUGGUUGUAAAUAAAAUAUGUUUUGUCUUUCU